AUGGUCUUGCGCGAACCUUGCAUGACCAUUCACACCGUUUGCUCCUCUGCAUUUGUCGGUCUGAAUAAGCCGCAAAGGCUAUGCAAAGAUGAGAUUGCGAAAGCUAUCGUCGGUGGAGUCAGUUCAAUGCUCGCACCAGGGAACACAGCUACCAUGCUUCAGUCGGGCGUUCUAUCCCGUGGAGGCUCGUGUAAAAGUCUCUCGGCAGAUGUCGACGGAUAUGCCAGAGCCGAAGCCAUCAACGCCAUCUUUGUCAAGCCCUUGAGCGCUGCCAUUCGGCACGGCAAUCCCAUCCGAACCAUCAUAGGUGCCCAGGAGGCACUCAUACGGAAGGCGUAUCAAACUGCUGGUAUCAGCGACUUUUCGCGAACUGCGACGGUCGAGUGCUAUUGUAUGGGACGACCAGUCGAUGAUGCCAUCGAAACCACAGCAAUUGCCCGUGUCUUUGGAGACUUUGGGGUACACAUUACCUCAGUCAAGCAUAAUCUGGGCCAAGGCGGAGUUGCUUCCGGUAUCACUUCUCUUAUCAAGUCAGUUCUUGCUUUGGGGUACCAAACCAUUCCUACCAACAUCAAAUUCUCAAAGCGCAACCCCAACAUUCCUUUCAAAGAACACAGCUUGACAGUACACGUCAAGCUAACGCCAUGGCCGCAAUUCAAGAAUCGGUCGAAGCAAAAGUGUGACCAUCUCGGCCUAGCAUCACAGGGCGAUCUUCUCUCUUCAGUCAGUGUGUCGGACGCAGUAGCUGGUCACAGCGGCGGUGAGAUUGUCGCUGCAUAUGCAACUGGUGCACUCACAGCUAAGGGAGCUAUUAUCACAUCGUGGAAGCGAGGGCUGGCGGCUGAGAAGCAGAAACAGGCUGGUAUCAUGGCGGCUAUUGGUCUGAGUGCGGAGAAAGCGUCCCCGCUGUUACCUGCCAACGUCGUCGUGGCUUGCGAGAAUUCUCCAACGAGCACAACAACUUCGGCAAAUGGAAAGGAAGUUCAAGAGAUCGCAGCCCAUAUUCGAGAGAGUCACCCUAAUUGGUAG